UUCAUGCGAAUCUUCUAAAACACUAAAAAUAUUAAAAAUAAAUAUUGAAAUCCAGUAAAAUAAUAAAAACAAUUAUUAUUGUUUUAAUCAAAAAAGAUUGGUGGUCAUUCCGGCAAGAAACUAUAUUUCUAUAUACCCUAAAUAGUUAGACCCUCAACAUUAUAAAUAACAAAAGGCCACGAGUUAUUAAUAACUACGAAAAAAAAAUUUUGGUUUCAUAAAUGAAGAACAACCAUGGGCACCCAAAUCCUCACCACAUUUAAGUGGCCAUGCCACAGAUUACCUGUUUAUAAGAGUGUCUUAUCUGUGAUUGGUCCAAUUUAACAAGGUGGUGGCGCGAAAAUUUCAAUUCGUCCUAAUUUAAACACAUGCUUGGACCAGUCUUGCGGAAAACUCAACAUGCGCCUAACCAACUAACCUGAAAUAUGCACGUGCAUUAUUUGUAGUAGUAGUAUUGUAUUAGUCUUGUUUUCGUUAAAAUUACAGUAUUACACGAAUCACUAAGAACAAAAAAGUGGUAAAAGUGAAAUUUCUAGUCAAAAUAAAAAAGUACCAAAAAUGCCUUCAAAUAAUACCAAAGUGGUGAAAUCUCCAACAGAGAAUAUGUUACUAUCACCUGUUGAAACCCCUACUCAGGUUAUACCAGAAAAGGUAAAAAUGAAGAAGCAGCUAGGCUUGCUUGAAGGAGUUGCGAUUAUUUUAGGAAUCAUAUUUGGAUCAGGUAUUUUUAUUUCACCAAAAGGGAUAAUUCAGGAAGUAAACUCUGUUGGAUUUUCAUUAGUAGUAUGGGUUCUUUGUGGAUUAUUAUCAAUGAUUGGAGCUCUAUGCUAUGCAGAGUUGGGUACAACUAUACCCAAAUCAGGGGGCGAUUAUGCUUAUAUUUAUGAGGCUUUUGGCCCUCUACCUUCAUUUUUGUAUUUAUGGGCGGCAAACCUAAUUUUUGUACCUACAACUAACGCAAUCAUGGGUCUUACGUUUGCUAAAUACGUUAUUCAACCUUUUUUCCGUUCUUGUGAUAUACCAGAGGAUGGGGCUACAGUUGUGGCCGCUUGUACAAUAUGCUUCUUGACUUUUUUAAACGGUUAUAAUGUGAAAGCCACCACUAGGGUGCAAAAUGUGUUCAUGUUUUGUAAAAUUGGGGCACUCGUACUUGUCAUUAUUAUUGGAGUUGUUUGGAUGGGUUUUGGACACGUGGAAAAUUUUCAAAGGCCUUUUGAAGGAACAACCACCAAUGUAGGUAAAAUGUCCAAAGCUUUCUAUUCAGGAAUCUUCUCAUACUCUGGAUGGAAUUACUUGAAUUUCAUGACAGAGGAACUAAAAAAUCCUUACGUUAAUCUACCACGAGCAAUUUAUAUUUCAAUUCCCCUAGUCACACUAAUUUAUGUUUUGGCAAAUAUGGCUUAUUUAUCAGUUCUUACACCAGAUGCUAUGAUAUCUUCAGAUGCCAUAGCUGUGACUUUUGGUAACAACGUAUUGGGAAAUUGGGCGUGGAUAAUUCCGGUGAUGGUCGCAAUCUCAGCUUUUGGGGGCCUGAGCGUCCAUAUCAUGACGUCAUCACGAAUGCUCUAUGUUGGGGCCAGAAAUGGUCAUUUUCCAACAAUGCUCUCUCACUUGAACAUUCAGAAGUGUUCACCAAUGCCUUCACUCGCAUUUCUUAACAUCCUUUCACUCUUCAUGCUAUGCACCAAUGACAUUCACACUCUUAUAACAUACUGCACUAUUGUGGAAUCAUUUUUUGUCAUGUUGUCGGUGUCAGGACUUUUGUACUUAAGAUGGAAGAAACCAGAUAUACCAAGACCUAUCAAAGUGAACAUCACGGUUCCAAUAAUCUUUGUUUUAAUUUGUGUGUUUCUUAUCAUUUUGCCAUGUUUUGAAGCUCCCUAUGAGGUGUUAGGGGGCGUAUUGAUCACUUUAUCGGGGGUACCUGUUUAUUUUAGGGCUGUCAGACAAAAUAAGCCUUUGUUGCCUCAAAGUUUCAUGGACAAAUUGACUGUAAUCUGUCAGAAAAUAUUUAUUUCUGCUCAUGAGGAUGAAGACGUGGAGGAAUAACUUCUUGAAUUUAAGUAUUUAUUUUGUUGUAGUCGUUGUAUUUAUUCUUUUAGGUUUUUGUUCAUAAAAACACAAUUGGAUUUGGA